UGGGUGGCGGGCCCUAAACGCCCGCGGGGGCGCGACGGAGGGCGCGCACCAUGAACUCGUGGGACGCGGGCCUGGCGGGGCUGCUGGUGGGCACGAUGGCCGUGUCGCUGCUGUCCAACGCGCUGGUGCUGAUCUGCCUGCUGCACAGCGCCGAUAUCCGCCGCCAAGCGCCGGCGCUCUUCACCCUCAACCUCACGUGUGGCAACCUGCUGUGCACUGUGGUCAACAUGCCGCUCACGCUGGCCGGCGUGGUGGCGCAGCGACAGCCAGCAGGCGAUCGCCUGUGCCUCUUGGCCGCCUUCCUGGACACCUUCCUGGCUGCCAACUCCAUGCUUAGCAUGGCCGCGCUCAGCAUCGACCGCUGGGUGGCCGUGGUCUUCCCUCUGAGCUACCGCGCCAAGAUGCGCCUCCGCGACGCCGCGCUCAUGGUGGCCUACAUGUGGUUGCACGCCCUGGCCUUCCCGGCAGCCGCGCUGGCCCUGUCCUGGCUCGGCUUCCACCAGCUCUAUGCGUCCUGCACGCUCUGCAGCCGGCGGCCAGAUGAGCGCCUGCGCUUCGCGGUCUUCACUGGCGCCUUCCACUCGCUCAGCUUCUUGCUCUCGUUCAUCGUGCUCUGCUGCACUUACCUCAAGGUGCUCAAGGUGGCCCGCUUCCACUGCAAGCGCAUCGACGUGAUCACCAUGCAAACGCUGGUGCUGCUCGUGGACAUCCAUCCCAGUGUUCGGGAGCGUUGUCUGCAGGAACAGAAGCAGCGGCGGCAGCGGGCCACUAGGAAGAUCAGCACCUUCAUCGGGACGUUCCUCGUGUGCUUCGCACCCUAUGUGAUCACCAGGCUGCUGGAACUCUCUUCAGCGGUGACCAUCAGCUCCCACUGGGGAGUACUAUCCAAGUGCUUAGCCUACAGCAAGGCUGCCUCCGAUCCCUUUGUAUACUCGCUGCUGCGUCACCAGUACCGCAAAAGCUGCAAGGAGAUUCUAAACAGGAUCCUCAACAGACGUGCCAUCCGGUCAUCGGGCCUCACAGGUGACUCCCACAGUCAGAACAUCCUGCCCAUCUCUGAGUGA